GGGAGGUGAGGGUGCUGAAUGGUAAAGGGCUUUGGGGCUAAGGGAAGUGCCCGGGACCCCACCUGACCCCAACGCCCACGGGCCAGGGACAGAGGAGAAAAACCUGGGUGGGCAGAAGGAGGCAGGCUCAGGAGGAGAGAGAUCAACAUCAACCUGCCCCGCCCCCUCCCCAGCCUGAUAAAGGUCCUGCUGGUGGUACAGGACCUCCCAACCGAGCCCUCCAGCAAGGAGUCAGGUUGGUGCUGAGUGCUUGGGAGGGACACCAGCCUCCACUCUGCAAGAACUCAAAAAAAGGAGAUGAGGGGAUCCAGGGAGGGAGAAAGGGAGGCACGGAGGAGGGUGCUACUGAUCCCCUGCACCCCUCCCUCUGCCUUCAGAGUGCCCCUCCGGCCCCGCCAUGAGGCUCUUCCUGUCGCUCCUGGUGGUGGUUCUGUCGAUGGUCUUGGAAGCAUGCCAGUCAGAAGCCUAUGAAGGAACCCCCAGCCCCCCACCAAAGCUAAAGAUGAGUCACUGGAGCCUGGUGACGGGCAGGAUGAAGGAGCUGCUGGAGCCAGUGGUGAACAGGACCAGAGACAGGUGGCAGUGGUUCUGGAGCCCCAGCACCUUCCGGGGCUUCAUGCAGACGUACUAUGACGACCACCUCAGGGACCUGGGUCCGCGCACCAAGGCCUGGCUCCUCAAAUCCAAAGAAAGCCUCUUGAACAAGACCCACAGCCUGUGCCCCAGGAUUGUCUGUGGGGACAAGGACCAGGGUUAAAAUAUUCAUAAAAGCCAGGUGUGGUUGUGGCGGGUGCCUGUAGUCCCAGCGACUCAGGAGGCUGAGGUGGAAGGAUGGCUUGAGCCCAGGAGUCCGAGACCAGCCUGGGCAACACAGCGAGAUCCCUUGGGGGGAAACAAAAAGAAAUAAUAAAAGUUCAUACUUCUCCAAUAAAUAAAGUCUCACCUG